UAAUUAAAAGGACAAUGAAAGAUUAAGAAAAUGUUUGGGUGUAUGUAAAUAUUUGGUUUACUGUCACAUUACACAAAUAAAAAAAAGCAACACCUCAUAAGGAUGUUCAUCAUCAUCAUCAUCAUGCUUGAAAAGUGACCAAAAAAUUCUUAGCAAAAUAGUUCCUGUGAAACUUACUGUUGAUAAACUAAUUCAUUAAUCAACUCAUUGAUUCAGCUCUGGACCUUUCUUUUAACCUUGUGUAUUGGAUUUUUGUUGUUUUUGUUUUGUUUCUGUUUUGAUGGUGUCUCCAGGUUCUGAGACGUGAGCUGCAGGCCCAGCAGAGGGUCCACGUCACGUUCACAGCCCAGCUCAGACAGUGCACCAGAUUAUUGUCCAAGCUUUAUGAUAACAACCCGCCAUCCUGUGAACUACACCGGCAAAAGUAUAGCUUCUUUUGUUUCACAAACAACAAGUAGAAUGGAGUAAACUCCUCCUCCUGUAUUUGUAAUCUGUUGUCUAACAUCUUCAGCUCGAUCCAGAGGCUAACAUCCCUGGUGGAUGAGAUGGAAGAGCUGGUGUCAGCAGAGUGCCAGCGUCAGGGGGCCUGGGGGUUGUUGGGUGAGGGUACAGGGGCACAGCUGCUCUGCCCUGACACUGGAACUGUGAUGACCAAGGAUCACAUCUUUGGUCCCGAUGGGUCCCUGCGUCCCUGUCAGGCACUUCACUGUGAUUCAGUCACAGGUCUCAUAAGGCCGAAUGCUCACAGCCACAUGCUGCUAAGCAGCGGCCACACGAUGGCAGUGCCACCUGAUUUUUUCCUCCACCCACAGACUGGCAGAGUUAUGCCCAUUGCUGGCAAUGUGGCCUAUGAUCCUGCAAGCUCUACUUUAGUGUUCACGACUGACUCAUGUACAGGGGACACCAGGAAGUGGGACAGUCCCCUCCUUCCUUUCAUUCCUUACCCAACCUCUCGUCACUCAGACCAGCCUCUGCCCAGCACUUGUCUUAGAGGCCUGAGACCGAGCCAGAGACUGCAGCUGGGUGUUCCCAUGGCAGACCCAGACACAGGUGUCCCAGUGCCCAUUCUGGCUGUGACCAUCCACCCCCAGACGGGUCUAGUCUAUCCACUAGGUGGGGUGCAUGUCUGUCCCCUCACGCGUCUGUCCCAGCCCAUACAGAUUGGUUAUCCCAUGCUGGAUUCCAGGACGGGCAAUAUUGUGCUCACUGUUGGGGUCAGUCUAGAUCCGAUAACAGGAGCUGUGCUGCCAGUAGGUGGAGUUCUGCUGGCCGAGUCCAUCAUUGAACCUCUGAGUGGGCGGAUGGUGAGAGUGGGAGGGGCCAGCAUGAGGGCCGGGCAGCUGCUGCCUAAUGCAGGAGGAUACCAGGCUCUCUUAGAUUGCAAGGUGCUGUUGGAUGUAUCCAAAGAUAAUGUAUUAUUGAAUUUAAAGAUGUUAAUUCAUUUAAUAUCUCCAUUCCAUUCUGGAAGCAUGAUACAUGUACUGCAUUUGAAAUAUGAAGAAACAAUUUUUUUCUUAUUGAGAGUUUUUGUCUCAAUUAGGUUCUUGCAAUAA